AGAGCGAACUCGCUCGCCUUUCUGGUUCUCCUCCUUGUUGUUCCUGUUGAAGGUGGAGACAGCAACAGCAUUGUUUGUGCAGACGCCUUCUUUUGAAAAAUCAUCUUCUGCUUCGAUACUCCUCCUUUGUUGUAGUCCUCAACGGAGGCAACUCUCCGCUGUUACUUCUCUUUCGCUUCUUGAUAUAUAGGUGUCUUCCUCCUUCUCGUAUUCUCCUUUGUUGUUGCUACUGUUGUCGCCUACUCCACACAAACCCACACAUAUAUAUAUAUAUAUAUAUAUUUCAUCUGCUAUUCUUUUGAUAUUUUUGUUUUAGCUCCUUCUCGCACAGAACACCCUUACAGCUCUCUCCCUCGUUGGUAUUGCUGCUGCCGCUGCUGUUGAUGCGGAUAGGGUUUCCUAAUGGACGUGAACACGCUGUGCACACACACACACACACACACACACGUGUAAGGCACUCACCUGCUAUUAUUGCAGUACGUAUUCACAGGAGAUACACGACGCGUACAACUACAUCUUAAAGCAAACAGCAAAGUAAGUAGAUAUAAUACAGUACAACAGCUAAAAAUGGAGAGCCACGCCGCGGCAUCCAUGUACAUCCCCUCUUCCAGAGUUCUGGCGCGGUUGCAGCGGAACGCCUCUGCCUCCCCAGCAUCCCCCAGCGCGCAGCUUCCCGACGCAAGCAGCUGCAUCCACGUCAGCUGCACCAACAACGUGAAAAAUGCAGAAGAUGCGUGUGUCGACCGCAGGGAGAUCCCUUCUGCAGCGUCCACCAACUCUCCUCCAUUUGUCGGGGGCAAGGCGGUGGCGACGUGCACGACGAGUCGUUCCGGCUCUGUCGAGGCAUCAACAUCAGCAGCAUCACCAACAGCAGCAACGCAAGCACAGCCUUACUAUCCCACUCGCUCUCCUCCUCCGCGUGCGAAAGCGGCGGAGGGGUACCGAAGCACUGCGAGCGCCACCACUGCUGUCGCACCGGCAUCGAUGCCGCCGAUGACGCUUCCUCUCGCAGAGUCGCCUGCGACAGCAACGACGGCAACUGUGGAAGAGAGACGAGAGACGGCAGACAGCGGUGUGAAAAAAGACUCAGUUGCGGCUGCGACGGCUGCUGAAGGGCCCUGCGCUUCACCUUCUGCGUCCGUGACACAGCAGCAACGGCUGCCAUCGUCGAGCACGUCUCCGGCAGCCCCGGCGCCGUCCACCUGGCUCCUCCCGAAGGACGACUUCGCCUACGUUUUUUCGGCCCUCACCUGGAAUAUUGAUCUUCUCCGAGUGCUGCUGCCGCACGCGCCGUGUCCUUUACGCUUGCCGGAACCGUCAGACCGACUCACUCAACCGACACUCUCGCAGGAUGCUGCUAUUUCUUGCGGUAGUGCGGCAGCCGGAGGUGAUGAUGAUGGCGGUGGAGGCGGUGCGGAUGGCGAGGAAGAAGCCACCGUCGGCGCAAGUGAGGGGCACCCCCUUCACAACGAAGAAGAGGAGAAGGAGGAAGAAGUGCAAAAGACGGGCCUUCACAACGGACACACGCCAGCAAACGCAGCGUCGGCUUCGGUGGUGAUGCCUCCUUCCAACUUCGCAGUAUCUUCCUCCAGCGCACCGCCGUCUGGCCGGCCGGCCGAGGCUGCCAGCCACGACACAGCGAAGGAUCCACUUCCGCAGAAGCGCACUCGCCUCGAUCGCCUCACCGCCGCCGCCAUCACAGCACCACCGGCGUCCGCCACGCCGACUCUCACGUGGUCGCAGUACCUGUUUCGCGGAAGCGCGCACCACCCAACCGGCACGACGCCGAUGACGACAGCGGCAACGGUGACGAGCCGUCGCACUCCGCCCAGCAGAACCCCCGCCGUUGCGGCGUCUACGGCAGUCGCGCCCUUAUCAUUGCCCCGCAGUCGCAGCGACGACACACCGCCGCGAUCAGCGCCGCCGACUGCAGCAACAGCAGCGACCUUCUCUUCUGCUCCCUCACCCUCGGCGAGCCGUCUCGCCACCGCCGUCACGCCCGCCCCGUCCAUCUUCCACGCCUACUACCUGCCCUCCCUGGAGGAGUUCCAGCGGGAACUGGAGGCGCAGCGGCAGCAGCGGCAGCACCGUCGGCGCGCCGUCGCCAACAAGACGUUUUUCUACUCCCCGACGCCGUCGGUUGUGUCGCCUGCGACGACAUCAGCGACAGCGCUUGCGCUGCUGGACGAUGAAGGUGAACUGCGCACACCGCCGCAGCGCACCGAGAGGAAUCGGAAUACCACUGCGGAUGCGAGAAACAACAACGGCAGCAACCCGACGACGUUGACGUCCAGUCGUCAUCGCAGCUGCGCCGCAGCGGUGUCCGUCUCCUCGCGACACCUCACGUCUGGUCUUCCCUCGCUGCGGCUGCGCCGGCACAUCUCGUCCGUCUCUUCGCUUGACAAUCUUUGUGGUCUAGACGACGAGAGCGGUGAGCUGCUCGGGGCCGCCGUCGGCCUGACCGGGGUGACGCCGCGGCAUCUGCACGGCAGCACCGACAACGACAACGGAGUCUCGCCGUGCGCUUCCCUGUGCUCUCGCCUCUCCUUCCAGCAGCAGCAGCCGUCAGCGAUGAUGAUGCGGGCAGCAGACCGACUACGCGCAUCCAUCGUGUCAUCGCCGUCGUCACUGCGUGACCCGCCGUCGCCAGCUAGCCAACUCGCGCGUCACAUUCUUCACCCCUCCGGCAUCAGCAACUCCAACAACAAUGGCGGUGGCGGUGGUAGUUUAGCGGUGAGGAAGAAGUACCUGAGAAGCGGCGGAGCGGCGGUUGGCGCAAUCUCGCACAGGAGCAGCAGCAGCAGCGACAGUGACGACCAUGUCGAUGACAGCGAUGGCGACAGCAGCGUCAGCGAAGGGGAGGACGGCGUGCACUGGCUGCGCGGACGCGGCGGAGAGAACAACAAGAACAGCAGCAGCAACACCAGCAGCGCCCUCCCCUCAUCCCCCGCCUCCCCGGUCACGAGCAUCGCGUCCAUGUCUUUUCAUAAAACGUGGUCCAGCACCGUCAGCGGGCGCGUCACACCACCCAGCAACGGCGGAAUCGGCGUGGGUGUAGGCGACGUACUCAACCUGGGGAUCAGCGAUAACAACGGAGGUGUCGCGCGAGCCAACGGAGGGGUCUGUGGCGGCUCGCGUCGUCGGAAGAAGAUGCUGCGCCGGCGCAAGGCUGCGCGCACGCACCGGCAGAGCACCCUGCGCGUCUACGUACCGUCCAUCACCGAAGGUCCAAAGGCGGCCUCCCUCUACACCGCACCAACAGCAGAGGCGCAUGAGUUGCUGCUGCGGCUGCAGCAUCGUGCAUCGGCGCUCACACGAAAUAACAACGGUGGAGGGACGGCUGCUGCGCCCGCCACCGCCACCACCACCACCACCUUCACGACGACGCUGACGCGUACGCCGCACCUCCAUCCCGGGCCACCGCUGCCGCUGCUUCUUCCUCCCUCCGCAACGCAGUGCACCGCAGCGGCGGCACAACGCGCCACCACCUCGACGGAGCGCCUGCUGUCGCCUUCCGUGUCAUCUCGCUUCAGGGGGCCCAUCAGCGGCGACAGCAACAACACCAAUUACAUGAAGGACGGAGAUGGUGGUCGCAGCGGGAAUGAGCAGCACGUCCUUCAAUGCUCACGGCUGCACACGCCUGCAGCCAUCAGCGGGGGGCUGGUGCCCGGGCACCACGCCACCUCCUCUCGCGUGAACAGCAGCAACAACAACGCUAGUACGACCAAAAACGUCAGCCACUCGUACCUCGCAGCGGCGCGUGCGUCGCUCACGUCUUCCGCGGCGUCUUCACUUGCACGUCCAUCACCGUCGCUUCCGCAUCUUCCGUCAUCCACGCCCGCUCACGACGCUGCUGUGGUGUCGGUGCAAACGUCUCCGGUUGCGUGUCAGCGGCCUUCCUCCCCCUCACUCAGCGACUCUUUCGUUUCAAUCCAGUCAGCGGUGGAGAAGCGCGAUGCUUACCCUUUUCCGCGAGGUAGUUGCGGUGGUGGGGAGUGCUGCGACCGCGCGAGUCUCAGCGACGCCGCCUUGGCGCACGUGGCAGACACGCCGCUGCCGUCGACGCCGGUGGAGCUGCCAAACUGGGUUCGUGAACGCUCUCUCUCCGCUUUGUACUACCAGCCCUGGGGUCUGGAGCUGCUCGCGCGCUACGAGCAGCAACAACAACAGGCUCGUCUUCAACAACAGCAGCAGCUACAGCAGCAGCAGCAGCAACAUCAGAUACACGUUUCGCAUCCGCACAACCGCCCUGUCACGCAGAGCACAGCACAUCUUCGGCGGUUACCGGGCUCAUCAUCAUCAACAACAGCAGUAGCAGCAGGGACGACCACAACACCGGUCUUGUCCUUCCAACGCAUCCAUGAGAACCACCACCACCACCCGCCGAACCACGUGGGCUCGACCUCGCUGCGCACGAGCCUCUCCUCCAUGACGUCCCCCACGCUCACGCCAAAGCUGUGCAUGAUGAGCAACAGAGGUGGAGGGGGCGGCAGCAGCGGCGGCGGCGGCUUUGCCUCGCGACGGCCGCCAGUUAUCACACCCGCUUCACUCGGCACAAUGCAAUCCGCAGUUUCUUCUUCUUCUGCCACUGUUGUCGGUGGUGCUGCCUCCUCCUCUACCACUAACAACGCCGCAUCUGUGCCACUUACAUCAGAAAGUGGGCCGCACGUUUCGUGGGCGGCGGCACUACGUCAGCCGCACGCGUGUGCGACGACGACGACGACGACAGCAAUGAGUAGUCGUCCAGCGGCGACGAAGACCGCGGUGAUCAGCGCAGCUGCUGCUGUGGGUGAUCACCACUCGCACUGCCACCCCACACCGGAUUGGCCGCCAGAGCUCUCCGCGGCGGAGGAACGGGAUGCCCGAGAGGAGGCGUAUUAUUUCUUUGGUCUCACCACGACCACCACCACCACCGCUGCGGCGGCUCUGCCAUUCCACGCACACACGAAUCACAACAACAGCCACAACAGCAGAAGAAACGCCGGGAGUGGCGGCGGUGUUGGCAGCAGCCGCGAUCGUCCGUCAUUCCCGACCGAAGGUGGAGAUGGGGCCGCUCCAGAAAACGUCGAGGGCGGAGAAGUGGAUCUGCACGCGCAGGGGAACGGAGGCAACAGUAAGAAUAACCGUAGUAACAGUAAUCACGAUCAUCAUAUCAGUGCGGCGACGACCGCAACGCCUCACGAGCAGCGCAGUUACGCGUGGUGGCCAAGUGACACCAUGGCGCACCUGCCGACCUUGUACUUAAGCCGCCAGAAGCGCUCCCGUCGGCGACUACGGACAGGCCAAGACGACGCCGCGACCACCACGCGCAGCAGCACGGCGCGGAAAGGGUCUUCCACGUCGGCGGCGGCGGAGCUGCAAAGCAAGCGUGCAAGCGCAAGGGCCGCAGCAGCAGCAGUGGCAGCAGCGUCAACAGCUCCAGAGGACGCGCAUGGCAGUGCGUCCGCCACGUCCUCGACCGAUGCACCAACAAGCUCCAGCGCCAAGCCGGCGGGCGCCGCGGCGGCGGUGACGUCGAGGGAUGAUUUGUUCUUGUUUGGUGACGCUUAUCGCCGCAAGAAGGCGGCGCAGCUUUUCUAUCCCCCGCCGCCUGCCCCGUGGACAGCCGCGUCCAUGACAGCGGCGCAACGACGUACCUGCCAGAAGGCGGAGCAGGCGAGUCGGGCACCCGCUCCACCUCCUCCUACCCUUCUUGCAUCGGCCGCCACGGUGUUCGUUGCGCAGCAACAGGACCAACAGCACGAGGAGAAGACCGCGAAUCUGGUGGAAGACGAGCAGCAGCAGCAACAGCAGCCAUCGAUGCCGCACGUGUCCGCAGUCGCUGUCGGCAAUCGAGAACCCGCAAGCGAGGACGACGAUAAUGACGGCUUCACGCUCGCCGCCGCAACUGUGUCCACCUCUUCACCUUCACAGCAGCAACAGAAGCCGCUGGCGCCGGACGUGGAUAUUAACUUCUUUCUCCAGAAGUUUCUUCGCGCGGUCCUGCUGGUUGUGAUUACGCAGGUUCGCCUUCAGCAAGAGCAGCGGGAGCACCAGCAGCAGCAGCAGCAACGGCGACACGACAUGGCCUGCCCGGUGAGUGCGUACCUGCUCGACACCUCACCUCCAUCGUGCUUUUCUCCUUUCGUCGGCCACCCACCCAGCGAAGAUAUCGCGGACGAUGUCGUGGUCGACAGCGGCAGCGGUAGCAGCAACGGGUUGUCGGCCGAGGAGCGCCGUGCGCUCGUCUUUGUGCGCUACCACAUGAGCGACUUCAAAGCGAUCAUCACCACCUACGUGAUGCGGGAUGCAACGGAAGUUGCACGGCGCUCUGUCCAGUCCGUUCUGACCGACGACCUCGCAGACGAAGCAGCAACAGCAACGUCGGACCCUCCACUUGCGAUCACUCGUACCGCAAACGAAGAAGGAAAGAGGAGCCGCGCGGAUGACGACGAUUACGUCGUCGGUGCAGGUUCGCGCUCGAGUGACCCGCUGCUUCAACGACGUGUGUUGGAAGGCUGUCUUAACGCGUCGCGGGUGAACACCGUGUACGAGGCCGCCGUGCACGCCGCUGGCUACGCAGACACUCCAACUCCCAUUGCCAGUACCGCCUUGGACGACGUGGAGGCCCUGCACACUGCGCAGGUGUACAUCAGCGGCAAGGACGCUGCCUGGCAGCCCUUGUGGCUGGAACUGCUGCAGGUGAGUCGCGUAGUGCAGUGCUACAGCGAUGGCCCGCUGCAGUCCACAAACAGCAGCAGCAGCAGCCGUAAUGGUGGUGGUACGUCCUCCGCAGCAUCAGCAGCAGCUGGCACGACAGACACCCCGCAGCAGCAUUUGCUAGCAAGUUUAGAGAGGUUUUUAGCACAGCCGACGUUACCGCUGCUGCGGGCCGGAGCAGAGGCUGCCGUACGCCUUCUCGAGCCGGCGCAAGCCGUAGCGGCAGCGCAGAUGACCGCGGAAAGUGAGGCGUUUCGGCGCUAUCUGUUGACGCGGUACCUGCGCGACGUGACAGGGCCGGCGAAUACGGCGGUGGCCGCCUCGCGCGUCGCGCCGCACAGUGCGAGCGCGCCCGCCAGCACCACGUCUGAUCUGACCACCACCAGCCAUCCGUUCUCCCCACCCGCACAGCAGCAGCAGCAGCAGUCCGCGCCACCCGGCCCUGCUCGCCCCUGCACCUCUCUCUUGCAGCCGUUGACGUGGUGCCCGUACGCGUACAUGCCGGGCACCGCCAGCCCCUACGCGGAGAGCGCCGAUCCGCAGUCGACGCGCAUCACGCCGGCGCAGGCCGCCAGCGCAUCCGCUAUGACGCUCUACGUCGCGACGCUGCCGCUCAGCGGUCGGCUGAUCUGGAAGUGGGUGAUCCCGGCGGAGGACACCGACUCCUUCAACCUGUCCGUUUUUUUCCAAUCGUCGCUGUUCACCUUCAUGCAAGGCGGCCCACUGCCGAUGCCUACGAGUGUGCCUGUGAUGAGCAACAGCAGCAGCACGACGACGAUCAGCGGAGGCCCUACUACGAACACCGGUGCAAGCAAUUUGAUGGGUACAACACACUCGCCGGUGUCAUGGCUGCCGCAGCCACCACUACCAGCAGCAGCACAGCCGGCGAUGCUCCCGUCCUGUUGCACGUGGCCGCCGAUGCUGGCCGCGAGCAUAGACGCUCGUCUGCGGCAGGACGCUUCACGUAAUGCGUGGGGUGGCGGUCCUCCUCCGUGUUCCUGCGGGGCCUCAAAUCGAUGUGACAGUGGUCGUGGUCGUCGUGGUAGCAGUAGUCGUAGCAACCACGAUAGUGGUCUCGCGCACUCUGCAGAGGUGUUUGAGGAGACGGAAGUGACGCUGGUGCACUGCUCCGCAGGCAUGCACCGCUCCUGCGGCAUCCUCGUUGCGUUCCUGCUGUGGCUGCUCUAUCAGUGUCGGCAGGUCCUGGCGGAGGAGCGGCGAUUGAAGGUGCACAACGACGUGCCUGGGCAUCGGCAGCGGGAUUUAGACAGCGCAAUGGCAGCCGAUCUUCUUCGCGGCCCUGCGUGUUGCAGCACACCGAAGCGUGAGGUGGAGGAGGAGGAGGAGGAGGAGCAGAAGUCGAAGCCCGGCCUGCCGCUACCUCCAUCCGCCUCGUCAUUCCUUUCUUCGGCUCUUCCUCGAAAGGUGGGAGCUGAGGACGGCGUCAACGCGGGCAACGAUGCUGCCCCGGCGAUGACGACGGACGGCACCGCUUUAGUCACAAGCCGUCUGCUGCAACGAUGUAUCCAACACGUGCAGAAGCGGCGUAGCAUCGCGGUGCCCAUCCGCACGGUGCAGUGCCUGCUGCAGUCCUUUGCGAAUGAGCUUCAACUGAGCUAA